AUGGCUUUUGGAUACAAGAAAGUCCUGAUCAUCGGUGCUACCUCCGGGAUUGGCAGAACACUAGCCGACAAAGUCGUCCAAAAUGGAUCGAACCUAAUUGUCACCGGUCGCAGAAAGGAAAAACUCGAUGAGAUCGUCCAGAAAUAUGGCAGCGACAAGGUCUCUGCAAAGACAUUUGAUGUCAUGCAGCUCGAUCAGAUUCCACAAUUUGCCUCAGAUAUCGUCUCCGAGAACCCCGAUCUGGACUGCGUCUUUGUCAACUCGGGUAUCCAACGACCCUUCGAUUUCUCCAAGCCGGAAACCGUCGAUCUGGCCAUCUUCGACCAAGAACUGAUCACGAACUAUACAUCCGCGGUCCGCAUAGCCAAAGCAUUCCUCCCACACUUGCAGAGCCAGAAGACUGCAACAGCCAUCGCAUUCACGACGUCGCAAAUGGCGCUUGUGCCCAUGGUGCGAUGCCCGAAUUAUGGCGCUUCCAAGGCUGCUCUGCACCAUUUCAUCCUUGCCCUCCGCACUCAGCUGCAGGGUGGUCCUGGGGAUGUGAAGGUCUUGGAGGUUUAUCCUCCUGCUGUGCAGUCUGAGCUCCAUGAUGCUAAGCAUCAGCCUGAUUUGAAGGAUGGUCAUUUGAUUGGGAUGCCGUUGCAGGAAUUUGUUGAUGAGGUCUGGGGCCGGAUUUCAGAGGGCGAGGAUCAAAUUGCUGUCGGGUCUGCGAUGGAUAUUUACAAUGCGUUCGAGAUUAAGAGGCAGGAGUUGUAUCGGGAUAUGACAGAGUUGCUUUCUGGGUUGCUGAAGCAGUUUCUGAGGUAG